AUGCAGUUCUCCGUCGCCACCCUUCUUGCUCUUGCAGCUACCGCCCUCGCUGCUCCAUCUGUGGCUCCCCGUGGCCUCGAUAUUGGAUCAUGCUGCGCGACUACAGAGAACGGCAAGAUCCUCACUCGAUGUGUCGGCUUCGAUACUUCCGACGCCGCCACUGUCGCUCGCCGUGGCGUUGGAACAUUGGCGACUGGUGAGACUGGCAAGCUCCUUGCUCGAUGCUCCCGUAGCGUCGCUGUUCCAAGCGUGACAGCCCGUGGCCUGGAUAUUGGGUCAUGCUGCGCGAGCACAGAGGACGGCAAGAUCCUUACUCGAUGUGUCGGAUUCGAUCCUUCUCACGCCGCUACUGUCGCUCGUAGUGGCAACCUACUUGUUGGACGUUGCUCGCUUGUUGCUACCGACGGCAGCCUCCUUGACUCCGAUUCCAACGCCGCCACUGUCGCUUAA